AUGUCCUCUUCACAAGGAGGUCCAUUGAUGAGUGUACAAGCGGUUUUGAUAACAUCCCUUGGAGUAAUUUCUUCUAUUUUCACAACUAUUAUGAACGUCUAUUUUAUAAAAAAGAUUGGAAAAACUCGUCAUAAGAUGAUUCUCUUCUUCUACCGUCUCUUUCUCGACGUAACGUAUAAUGUUUUUGCUUGCGCAUAUAUGACUUUCUCAAUUUUGUAUUCAUUUUUCACCGAAGAGCUCCGUGAGCAGCAAGUUUUUAUUGUUUACGUUGGGUUUCCACUUCAAACAGUUGGAGCUAUAAGAACAGUUGUUGCGCUGGCGAUUUCACUGGAAAGGGUUUUGGCUAUUUACACACCAAUCAUGUUCCAUAAUCACCGCCAUUUGUGCCCUUCUAUUUUAAUUUUAAUGUUUUCUAUUUUCAUGGGAUUGUUUGAAAACCUUAUUUUAUACCUAUUUUGUACUUUGAAUAUUCCCGCAAUUCCACGAGACUGUGCUGUUAUGCGUUGUUCAAUUGACAACUGUUUUUUCAACUAUUGGACAACUGAUAGAUCGGUGCUAUUUGCGUUAAAUUUUGCAUUUUCUGGUUUACUUUCUACAAGGCUGCUACUUUUCAAAAAAUCACACAGACGGAAUGCAGGAGAGGAGCAGUCAAAGAUAAAUCAUAUUGCUCUGAUCGACGCUGCCAACGUAUUCCUAUGCGAUUUUCUACCAACGUUCUCCAAUUAUGUUAAUCAAUACCCAUUUUUCAGUUUCAAGAAUAUUGGACCUUAUGUUUACAUCAUAAAACUUAUAGGAAGUGCGGUAGAAUCAUAUUUUAUUUUCAAGAUUUUGAAAAGGAAAAGCGCCCGGACGAGUGUUGUGGUUACGACGACUCGUACAUUGCAAAACUCAACGCAUCUGUGAGAAAUAUGUUUUCCUUAUUAGCCCUUUUUAAAU